CUUGAAGCAGAGUAGAAAACUAGAAACAUGGCUCAAUCUCAGAUGACACUCCCACUGUUCUCUCAAAGAAUUACAACCCCCAAAUCAAACCCUUCAUCUGUAAUCUUGAUCCCAAACACCCACAAAAAGAACCCUAAUUUCACCAAGAUCAUCAAGUCAGCAGCAGCAAAUGGUGAUCAUUUACAAAGCACAGGCAUCAAAAAUCAACAACAGAAACAACUCAUCAAGAAAAGACCCACCCAAUCUCUACCAAUUGGGUUAUGGGACAGAUUCCCAACAGCAAGAACAGUGCAACAAAUGAUGGACACGAUGGAAAGACUAAUGGAAGAUCCGGUGGUGGCAUACGGAGUCGGUGGUGGCGGUCAGUUCGCCGGAGAUAGUACAAGCAGUUACAGUAGGGGAAGGACGCCAUGGGAGAUCAAAGAAGGUGAAGAUGAGUAUAAAAUGAGGUUUGAUAUGCCUGGAAUGAAAAGAGAAGAUGUGAAGGUGUGGGUGGAAGAGAAGAUGCUGGUUCUGAAAGCAGAGAAGAUGAGCAGUGACAGCAAUGGCGAAAGUAACGGCGGAGCCUCCGCCGCCGUGGAUGACGGAGAUUGGAGUGCAAAGAGCUAUGGGAAGUAUAGUUUCCGGAUUGCGUUGCCGGAAAAUAUACAGUUUGAGAAGAUUAAAGCUGAAGUUAGAGAUGGGGUUUUGUAUGUAACGAUACCUAAAGCUCCUCUUUCUUCAAAGAUUUUGGACAUCAAUGUGCAAUGAAAGUGGAAGUUCGAAUAAAUGCGCCAUUUUCGAAGUUCUUUGUUCAUGUGUUCAUGAUUGUGAGUCUUUUUUAAAAUAUAUAAUACUUAUGUAUGACAUUUUUAUCUUUGGUGAGGUUUGAAUCCUUGAUUUUUUUAUCUUUGGUAAGGUUUGCAUCUCACGCCAUACUAAAAAUGUGGUACGCCAUGGCGUGACGUGUGGUUUUUAUAACAAAAUAUUUGAUUUUACUUACCUUUUUAAAAUGUUUU